GGUCUAUGCUUUAAUGGAAGUGCCUUUAUUUUGUACCUCAUUGCUGCCAUUGUAAAUGCAUCUUCAGUUACCAAUGAGCAGAACAGCCACAAUUACAACAGCUGGGCAGCUUCUUCAUUCUUCGCCUUUGUGGUUACCUUCUGCUAUGCAGGAAAUGCCUAUUUUAGUUUUAUAUCUUGGAGAUCACGGACCUCACAGUAAAUAUUUUGUUUAAAA